AUGCCUCACGGCUAUCGUGGCGAAAUACCCAGAAUCAUCACCAGCAUCCGAGAGAUCAAUCAUACCAUGAUCAAGACCGAACCCUUAUCCAUUCUCAUUCGGGACCUGCAAGCGACUGGUUUCAAGCGGUGGGGAUUUGUCAUAUUUCGUACUGUGUAUACGGAGGAGUCUCAGCGGCUGUGGGAAAGUUACAUCGAGUUUCUGAGAGCGUCGGUGGAGGAAUACCUUGAGUCCAUGGAACUCUCGACACUCUUGAAGCCGCUUCUAGAAUGGGUCUUUAUCGAAGACCGGGAAACUCUCGAUAAUGCGACAAAGCAGCACGUGCGCGAGAGCUUUUCAGAAUGGACAUCUCAACACUCUGUCGAGCGAGACGGUCCUGGGGUAGAGGAUGCAUUCCAGCAGCAGACUCCAAGGUUCCGCUACUGCAUCCACGUUGACCAGAAGUGCCUCGAUACCGUUGCCCAGUAUGAGGCUUGGGCUGAUGCAGGUGCCGAGGGCGACGAUAAGCAAGUCGUUUAUGUCGUCCUCGACAAGAACUGCCACCGAAAAGGAGAAGGAGAAGGAGAAGGCAGAUUUCCCCGCAUAGAAGGCUGCAGCAGAGAAUACACUGGCUGGCAAUAUACCAGCGUGCAUUGUCUUGCUCAUCUCUAUGACAAACUGUCCAAGCAGGAGCUGUCGGGAUAUGACUACACAAGGCCACCCAUGGUAUUCCCAGCCGACGGGCCCAUGCCUACCGAUUAA